AUGGUCGCAAACGCCGAGUCCUCAAAAUUCAGCGUCAACGAGCGCCUCGCCCGCGCGCGAGAGGAAGACCUCCGACGAUGUCGAAACAUCCAAGCCAAGCUAGCCCGAGCGCAACUGCACGAUGCUCAUGAGCCACCGCUCGCUCUCGGAUCCGCCGCAACGCCACCCAAGAUGCACCACUCGAUCCCCGUGCACGUCACAUCAUCGUCGUCACGGACAGGACUCAUGUUCAUGUCGUCCACCGAACAGGCACAGCGCGAACGCGAUCAGCGGUCCAGGGAACGUCAGUUGAAGCGUCAGGUGGCAGGUCCCAUCCCACCGGAAUCGUGGCGUGACGACUUCGAUCGGUUGAGCAUACGAAAGGGUGUUGCGAGUCACUUUGAUUGGCAGAGGCUGCAGGAUCUGGUCUCGUCGGUUGGCAGGGAGGGGGAAGAGGGCAGUGGAAGUAGGGUUGGGUCUGAUGUGGAUCGAGUUGGUCGACGAGGUGUGAGGGAGGUACAUGGUGCAACGUGUGCAGGCCUUCGCUGGAUGUACGAUGGAGAAGGAGCACAAGAGGGAAGCAAGACGAUGCUUGGGCUGAGAGACAUGACCUUGUGCGUGAUUGCUGAUGCUCUCAACCGUCCGCAUCGGGGCAAGGGUAAAGAGCGGAACGCAUUCGGGGAGAUGAACCGAUCGCAGCUCAGGGAGGUUCUCGAGUAUCUGCCGAUACACAUGCAGCAGCGCAUGCUGACGCUGUGCGGACGACUCGCUGCUACCGAGUGGCCAUUGAGCGAGUGGACUGCUCAGGCCAUGAUCGAGCUGCACACGCGGAGGACCACCGAGCCUGACAUCAACGACGAACGGCAACCAGGUGAAGCAGAAGACGACUGGGAGACAAGUUUCGACCCCGACCGACACCCUACCAACCACCUCCCCAGCACACCCAGCGAAGGCAGCACCGCUCUCGACCUCUCCUUCUCCACCACCUCAUCCAAAACAAUCACUCGCAUGCUCUCGACCUUCUGCACCGGUCCAUCCGGCACAUCACUCCGAAUGCUCAGCCUCGCCGGCACUGUCUCACUGGACACCCCCGCCAUGCACGCCAUCUUCGCACGGCUCCCCAACCUCACAGCGCUCAGCUUGGCAGGCUCACAACUAUCUUCGGCCACGGCGGAUGAGUCCGAGAGGGAGGACCAUCAACGGGCGGCGGUGUUUCUGCGCAAGCUCAGUCGGAGCUUGGGUAAGCUGGAGAUGUUGGAUCUGAGUUGGUGCGGAUGGGUGUGCGCGGAUGCGGUGCAGGCGGUGUCUUGGGCGAACAGGACGAUGGUUGCGUGGCCGAGGUUGGGGAGGUUACUUCUGACUGGGUGUCCGGCGGUGACAGAUCCGAGAGAGGGCGAGAAGCGGCGGCAAACGACGUUUGAUGGGAAAGCAGCGGGGAACUACGUCGGCCAGUGGCAUGCAAGGCAUUCGCAGCGACCUACGGAGACGUCACACGCGUCCAUACCAGCAGGUGCUCUGUACGAUGCCUACACAGACACGCUCCAUCGCGAUCCCUUCGAUCUCUUCUCCACAGCCACACCGACACCGAGAACCUCAACACGGGCGACGUUCGGUGACUACACCAACAACGUCAUCCAACCUGCGAUCAUCACUCACAUGACCCCAUCGAGCAACAACGAUGGUGGUAGCGCAGCAACGUUGAUGGAGUACGUGCGGUGUCCUAGGUCUGCUGGGAAGGUGGAGAUGUGGCAGUGGCAAAGAGUGCGGAUCCUACAAGCUUUGCGGGGGCGAUCGCAGCCAUUCUCGCGAUCUCGAAGCUGGAUCGAAGUGUAUUUCUGA